AUGAUAGGAAGAGGCGACUUCGAAGGAUCAAAAAGCAACGUCGCUAUGAACGCUUGGCCGCCACAAGCCAGUUAUCCCUGUGUCUCUAUGCAUACUGAACAUCAAGAUGAAGCCAGCUUUUGCCCUUUUGCUCUACGCGAGGUUUCUGUCCUCGCUGAGCUGUCCUUAGGACACCUGCGUUAUUCUUUGACAGAUGUACCGUCCCAGUCAACCUCCCCGCCUGGCAGUGUCAGAUCGGCGAUCGGCCGAAGCCUCACACCACUCUUACAAGCUUGGUUCUAG